UGCCCAAGGACCCAGAGACCCAGAACCAGAGACCAAAGACCAAAGACCCAGAGUCCAGAACCCAGAGACCCAGAGACCCAGAAACCAAAGACUCAGAGCGCCAAAGACCCAGACAACCCAGAGUCCAGAGCGACGAUGGGGGUCCAGGGACUGUGCACUCUGUUGGAGAAUCACCAGGACGUCUACCGGGACGUCCGGUUCAGGCGGAACCGGCUCGUGAUUGACGGCUGCAACCUCCUCCACCUGCUCUACUUCGACUCAGGUCUGGACCAGAAUCACGGCGGCGAGUUUGCUGCAUUCGAGGCGCUGAUUGAGAAGUUCGUCAAAGCCCUCAGCGACUGCCGGAUCACGCCGUACGUGGUGCUGGACGGAGGCUCGGACUACACGGACAAGAAGCUGGAAACUGUGACUGAAAGAGCCACAGAUCGCGUCAAUAGAGCCCAUAAAGCGGCCGUGGAGGGCAGUCACCAGGGCAUCCUGCCACAGCUGGCCAAUAUAGUCUUCAUACAGACUCUGGCGCGGCUGGAGGUCCAGGUGGCCAAGUGCUACGGAGAAGCUGACCAGGAGAUCGCGGCCCUGGCCAGCGAGUGGCGGUGCCCGGUGCUGUCUGUAGACAGCGACUUCUUCAUCUUCGACCUGCCGGGGCCGGUGGGGCUGCUGCCCAUAUCCCACUUCCAGUGGGAGGCGGUACAAGGGACCGGCUCGCAGCGCUACAUCCCCUGCAAGGGCUACACCACAUCCAGCUUCUGCAUCGUCUUCCAGAUCCAGCCCCGGGUCCUGCCCGCCUUCGCCGCUCUGGCAGGGAACGACUACGUGAAGCUGCAGAGGAGCGAGUCGCCCAUCAAGUGGGCUCAGUUCGCCGGUCCAGACGCCUACUGGAAGACAAGGCGCCUGGAGGGGCUGCUCCGCUGGCUGAGGUCCUUCAGCGAGCCGCGGGAUGCCUUCGGGGCGGCGCUGGGGCUGAUGGGAGGACUGAGCGAGGACAAAAAGAAGCACCUGCUGCAAGAUCUGCAUUGGGGCAUGGAGGAGUACAAACUCCCUCCCAGCUCCCUGAAGAAGUUCUUCAUCCAUGGGGUGGUGCCUCCGUUCCCAGCUGUGGAAGAGGUGGCGGGUCGUGUCCCAGACUGGGUCCGGCUGCCGCUGACCCAGGCCCGGCUGACGUCAGACAUCCUGGACGUCCUGCUGCUGCGCAGGAACUCGCUCAACAACCCCGUGGAGCACGGGGACAUGCCCAGCUGUCACCUGAUGUCCCGGCCGCUGCGCCAGCUGAUGUACGGGCUGCUGCUCGACGAGGGCGAGGAGGUGACGGAGCGAGACAGAGACGGACUGCAGGUCAUUUUCAGCCCAGUCAAAGCUGUCGUCCCAGGCAACGGACAGCAGCUGACACUCAACUCGCUGGAUCAGGCGGAUCCCUCUCUGCGUCUGCAGGUGUUACUGGAGGCUCUGGGCAUGACCGAGGCCUCUUUGAGCGUCCUGCCGCCUCAGCUGCGCCUCCCGGUGGCCGCCACCUACUACUGGCGAAACGCUCAACCUAGGGCGGACGGGAAGCUGCUGAAGGCGCUGCUGCUGGGCCUGAGCAAUGGGGACACACUGAGUCAGAGAGCAGCUCUGCAGCUUCCAAACCAGCAAGGUGGACAAAACCUGGAUGUGCGCCUAGUUCACGCCAUCAACCAAUGGAAGAGCUGCCUGAAGGUCAGCAUCCAGCUGAACCAGCUGCUGGGCAACCCCUUACCUGAACCCCCGAUCGCCAGGUUGUUUCAGGGGACGCUGAUCCACCAGCUGGUCCACAGGAUGAGGUCAGGAGAAAAAACAAAGCUCUUUCGGAAGAAGGAGCGCUCCUGUGCGAGACUGUACCAAACCAUGAUGACCCUCGUCCACCAGGUCCACACUCAGAAGGCGCCUGCAGCACUAGAGAGACAUCAGCGAGCGGCGGCAGCGUCUCCGGCUCCGUGGCGGCGGCCUCUGGACGACCUGACCCCCAACCUGACCCUUAACCUGACGCAGCUCUUCCUCCUGUACGGGGACGACGACGAGGAGGCGGUGACCGAAGCGUGCAGCUCGGUCAAAGUGCAGGAGGAUCUGCAUCUAACCGAACUGGUGUCGGUGAAAACUCGCUACAGAGCCAAGGAGAGAAACAACCGGUGCAGGAACCCAGAACUGGCCCGCAAAGAGGAGUGCCGGGGCUGGGACCUGCUCUGAACUCCUCCCAGUCUGACUUAUGGACUCUCUGAGCUAUCACAAGUCACUUUUAUUUCUCACAAAGCGACAUGCGCUGAUUUUAAAGUGCCGUUCGCUCAUUUUUAGCCACUUGGUCAGUGAAGAAAUCUGACAUCUGAGCUCCUUUUAACGCUUUUAUGAAGGUAUGAAUAAUAAGGAUGUUACAAUGAACGCAAUAACGAGCUAACUACAAAUUACUGUUAACAACAAUAAUCUUUUUGACGUGUGAUUAGCGCACCAUCGCACUAUGAUUUGGGCCUCAGGCCACUUAGUAGUUUGUGAAAUAAGGAACCGAUGUGAGUCG